UCUCCAGAAUCCUCGCGCCUUUCAGCUCCUACCGGCUACAGCCGAAACCCUAGACGACAGAGGAGAGAGGAAGUCCACCGGAAAGGCUUUCGACAGGGCCAGCGGCUUGUGAAGAAGAGGAGUUCGUGAAACGCGUGGAUUUAAGUUGAAUCGGCACAUUGCGCGGAUUUAUUAAAUCAGGGAUUUAAGGUGAACAGGGAAGCGGGUUUUCAGAAUCCGCCGGAUUUUAAAGUUGUCUGUUCGGUAGGAUUUAAGUAAAAUCCUGCCCAAAUUCUGUUACCAAACAGCCCCAAAGAGCCUGCUUGUCCUUAAGUUUCGAAAGAAUGGCGCCAUCAAAGAACGCUGAAGCAGCUAAUGAAGAUGGGUGUGGAGAACAUACUCGUGCUGAAGAGAUAGAGUGGCUUGCCUCUCUCUCAGAAUGUGAACUAGAUUUUCUGAUUAGUUUGAAAGAUCUGGCUACCACACGAGCAAAGAAUAUAGGGCAUACGGGUUUAACGCAAAAGUUUGAUCUCAAGGUGCUUCGUGCUCUUGCUUUUGUUUUGUUGGAAUAUUUCAAAGAUCGUCUACGAAAUACCCCCAAUGUUCCAGCAGACAAGUUAUUGGAAGCUUUAAGUGGCUGUAGAUUGCUAGAUAUUGAUGGUGAUGAAAACGCUGAUAUUAUGACAUCUGCAUCCAUGUCAUCUAGUAAAGACGUUAGUUUUGCCAGUUCAAGAAGAAAGCGAAUGUGGGAUGGCCUCGAAGAACUUACAUUCUCCCAUAAAAAGAAACAGAAAACAACAGAUGGCGAUCACACCACAAUGAUUACUGAUCAGAAUCAAGGUACUUCAACUUGAUUGCUCGUUCUCAGCAGAAGGGGGAUUCUCCUCAGAAAUCAAUCUUUGUUUUACUUUCUUUCUUAGUUGUCACGAGCCUGCACUAAACAUCUUCCUGUACAUGGCUAAACCAGUAUCUUGUGUUGAUUCAUUAAUGAAAUUUGUCUUUUUGAUUCUUUUAAGUUAA